CGCAGCCAGUCCGGCAGCACAGGCAGCAGCCGCGGGCAGCCAGGCUUUCCUCUCACCUGCCGGGCAGGGAGCCCCGGCCAGCGCUCCCCCUCCACCAUGAUCCUUUGGCUGUGGCUCUGCUGGGGCUUCUCCACCUCGGCGGGGCAGCCCGACUCGGAGCUGAUGGCGAGGUACCUGGAAGAGAAGCUGAUGGCAGACUACAGCAUCAUGGAGCAAGUUGCACGCCGUGUCCCAAGACAGGCCAAAUUUUUGCAGAGGCUGGAAACCAGGCCUCGGAUGUCUGAAUUCACUGUGAAAUCCACAAUCAUCUCUCGGUAUGCUUUCACCACGGUGUCGUGCACAAUGGUGAACAGCGGAUCUGAGGCACGCGAAGCCGUGUUUGAGAUGCAGAUCCCAGCUGCAGCCUUCAUCUCCAACUUUACCAUGAGCAUCGGCAACAAGACUUAUUAUGGAGAGGUCACAGGGAAAGAAAAGAAACAUAGCAGUGGUGACAAAGCAAGGGACAAGAAACCUCCGAGCCCUACGGAUGGAAGGGAGAAUGGCUAUGAGACAUUCAAAGCUUCUGUCUUCAUUCCUCGCAAGAUGCAGGCCAAGUUCCUACUGCAUUAUGAAGAGCUUUUGCAAAGGCGACUGGGGAAAUACGAGUAUACAGUCAGCAUCCGGCCCCAGCAGCUGGUGGGGAGGUUACGAGUGGAGGUGAACAUCCUGGAGAACUCAGGCAUAGUUUCACUGGAAGUGCCUCCCCUUCGAAACAGCAAACAUAAAGGCAAUGGGAAAGUUGAAGGUGAUGUUUCUCCUCCUCCUUCUACUGUAGUUGGACAUACCAAAACCUUAGCUAAAGUUACAUUCAAUCCCAGUGUUGUCGAGCAAACCAGGAUCGCCCGAAAUGGUAUUUUGGGAGAUUUCAUAAUUAGAUACGAUGUCAAGAGGGAGCUGAGUGUUGGUGAUGUUCAGAUUCUUAAUGGGUAUUUCGUGCACUACUUCGCCCCCAUAGAUCUUCCUCCGUUGCCAAAGAACGUUGUAUUUGUGCUUGACAGCAGUGCCUCCAUGGUGGGAACGAAACUGAAACAGACCAAAGAAGCUCUCUUCACAAUUCUCCAGGACCUAAGGCCUGAAGACCACUUCAACAUCAUUGGCUUUUCCAACCGAAUAAAGGUCUGGCAGCAGGACCGGCUGGUGCCAGUCACUCCAAAUAAUAUAAGAGAUGCCAAAAAGUACAUUCAUAACAUGUCGCCUACUGGAGGGACUAAUAUUAAUGGUGCUCUCCAGACUGGUGCAAAGCUGCUAAAUGAUUACAUUGCUCAGAAUGACAUCGAUGCCAGGACCGUCUCUCUGAUCAUCUUCCUCACGGACGGGAGGCCCACGGUGGGGGAAACACAAUCGUCCAAAAUCCUCAGCAACACCAAGGACGCCAUCCGUGAUAAAUUUUGCCUCUUCACCAUUGGCAUUGGCAAUGAUGUGGACCAGAAGCUGCUGGAGAGGAUGGCACUGGAGAACUGUGGCAUGACGAGGCAUUUCCAGGAGGAUGAGGAUGCAGCCAGCCACCUCAAAGGGUUCUAUGAUGAAAUAGGAACACCCCUUCUCUCUGACAUCCGUGUUGAUUACCCUGAAGACAAUGUGGAGCAAGUCACCCAGAACUUCUUCCCUAACUAUUUCAAUGGCUCUGAAAUUAUAAUAGCUGGCAAACUCAUCAAUCGCACCUCAGAUAGCCUCCAUGUGGAGGUGACCGCUAGCAACUCUAAGAAGUACAUCCUCCUCAAAACAGAUGUGGCUAUUGACCUGCCAAGCAGGAACGACAUUAGAGGUGUCCCUGGCCUGGAAGAUGGCAAAGGUGAUAAAAAUUACAUUGAGAGGGCAUGGAGUUACCUCACCAUCAAGGAAUUGCUUAACUCCCGGUUGAAGAGUGAUGACAAUCAGGAAAAAGACUAUUUGACGGAGAAAGCCAAGUCAAUGGCCCUGACUUACAAUUUUGUUACUCCCUUCACUGUUCUGAAGAUGAAGGAGGCUGGGCUCCAUUCAGAACCACCUCAAGAGGAUUUUAUUAGCCCUUCGACCGAUGGCAUUGGUGAGAAGUUGCAGAGCUUGCAGGGACACAAAGCACCACCAGGUAUACACAGACAGCAAGAUAAACAAAGAAUCAAAAUCUCCAAAACUUCAGCGGAUGGAGACCCUCACUUUGUCAUUGAUUUUCCUUCCAGCAAGUUCUCCGUCUGCUUCAAUAUUGAUGGAGAACCAGGGGACAUUCUCCGACUGGUCUCUGAUCACAAGGAAUCUGGUGUAACUGUGAACGGGAAACUAAUUGGAGCUCCUGCACCACCCAACGGCCACAAGAAGCAUCGGACUUACUUCAGCACCAUCACCAUCCUCAGCAAUAAGCCAGAGAGAUCUUACCUAGAGAUCACACCCAAAAGAAUCAUCCUGGAUGAUGGGGAAAGACUUCUUCUGUCCUGUGAUCGGAGUGCCGUUGUGCGGAGCAGCAGCCUCGAGGUGUCCAUCUCUGCCAAUUCCAACAUCACUGUGACCAUACGAGACACAAUCAGCUUUGUCAUCCUCAUCCACCAUUACAAGAAGCCAGCCCCAUAUCAGAGGGAUCACCUGGGGUUCUACAUCUCCAACAGCAAAGGCCUCUCUUCUGACUCCCACGGGCUAUUGGGUCAGUUCUUGAACCAUGAAGUUAAACUUCUUCAGCAAUCUCUAAACACAAGUCAUCAACAGGUUGGUCAGAAUCAAACUGAAGCAUUAAAGCCAAACCCUACGAAUACCCUGAAAGUGAAGGGAAGGCUCGUUCCUGUUGUGUGGAAGCAGCGGAGAAUCUACAACGGCCAGCAGGAAGUUGACUGCUGGUUUGCCAAAAACAAUGCGGACAAACUGAUCGAUGGGAGCUACAAGGACUAUUUGGCUUCUCAUCCUUUCGACACAGGGACCAGCUUUGGGACGAUUAACAACGUUUAAGACCGAUCAUAGCAAUGCAUUGCAGCAGCAUGUGUGACAGCGGUUCCCUUCUGAAGCCUCUAGAGCUAGGCAAAUUAUGAAUAUUUCUUUACUUUUUGGUGCCAAAGAAACCAAGGCUUUUUUUUGCCCUUGGAAAUCAGCUGUCUCUCUUUCAUGCUAGAUGAACAUUGUUGAUCAAAUUCCUGAAGACGAGGAGGUUGGGGGCGGGGGAGGCAAGAGUUGAGGACAUGGUUAAAGGCGUGAUCGGUGCUCUCCCAGUGGGAAGAGAGGGAGAAAUGGUCCACCACUCAUAUCGAACUGGCCUUAAAAUAAACCCGUGCAGGGAUCUGUGCAAUACCCGCCAGGGGCUGGUGAGUCACCCAGUGAGAGGCACAGGUCACACAGCACCGUGUCUAUCUAGAGAGAGAGCCUUGGGUGAUAUGCUUUGUAAAGAAGUGAUUUGGAGCACCUGCUCCAACCAUGGUCCCUGGGGAAAGAAGAGAGCAAGAGGAGAGGUGGGUGGAUAUUCAUCUGCAGUGACCCAUUAGCACCAAAGAGGUAACAAAGAAAUCAAAACCUUAAAUCAACAGGUGACAAGCCGGUAUUGCUUUUUUGGUUACUGGGAUGGAGGUCUGGAUUUGCCACUAAGUAUGACGUUCCCUGAACCACUAUGGACCAUGAAAAUAGCAGUGAAAACCUUUAUGUGGUUUAUUGCUGUCUCAGUGCACAGGCUGCAGGCUUAAAAAGCACCUUCAGUCUUCAGCAGCGACAGGAGUGCCGCAGGCUCCCAUUCCAUGAAGCAUCUCAUUUAAAUAACAUUGCAGGCUUAGUGAUUUCUUGAGUCUUGACUCCCUCAGAGAGAAACAAAGUUCCACCAUGAGCUUCCAACAGACCUGCCACCUCCUUGAGCAGAGCAUCACUUCUGCUUAGCAGAGAUUUAAUUUCUCUAAAGGAUGAUGAACUGGCACCUGCGAUAGCUUAUGAACCUACAAAGCAGACCAGACAUUUCUAGCUGCUUUCCUAACCGGGGGGAGUCUUUAUUUACUCCAAACUGCCAAAAAAUUUUCAUUCCGAUUUUCCCUGGCUCCAUCGCCUUCCUUACACUGCAGGAAUUUGUACGCAGCAGUAAUUUGGCAGCAGGAGGUUACAGAUGGGUUCACCAGCCACCCCCACUGCAGGUGGUGCUGCUCUGCAAAGAAACCUCCAAACCCAAACUGCAAGGCUGCGGUUUAUUUUAAAGUGAGACA